UAAGUAAUAUUAAUGGUAAUGAAUAAUAAUAAUAAUAAUAAUAAUAAUAAUAAUAAUAAUAAUAAUAAUAAUAAUAAAAUAAUUAUAAUAAUAAUAAUAAUAAUAAUAAUAAUAAUAAUAAUAAUACAUUUAACAUAUACAACAUUUGAUGAACUUUUGGCACGCAAGCAUCUUGUAAGAUAUAGUACAGGCCAUUCCUGCUGCUAUAAUUACUAUAUAUUUACUUUCUUAGAUUGUAAUGUGUAUAACAGUUCUUGCUCUAAAACAUAUUGUAUAUUAAUUUUAUUGAUAAAUCAUGAUAAAUUAUGAAUGAUUAUACAAAAAAAGAAAAUAAACUUGUGAAUAUUAUAAUAAUAUACUGUCACUUAUUUUUUUAUGCAGUUAGAGAAAGAUUGUAUCCACAUAGUCAAUAAACUAAAAAAUAAUCGACUAUUCGUCGCUCUAGUUACCAUUGUCUGUUGCAAUUAAUAAUUUCAGUAUAAUCUUUUGCAAUUUUCAGAUCUUGUAUAAUUAUAUUUUCAAACAAAUCUGCAUAAAAUAAUAGCAAUAUAUACAUAUAUACCAAAAAAUGUUAAAAGAUAAGAGAUAUCAAUUCAAAAAUACUGCUGAGUCUAAUAAAGCAGACGAUAUAAAGAAUGUCGGACGAAUAUUUUUAUCCGAACCAUUUGUAUCUAUUAAUUAUAAAAAUGUUAUAUCGUAUCGAAAGAUUAAAUCUGAAACAAUAAUUGAUUCUAAUAUAAAUUACGAUGAUCUGUGUGGCCCUUGGUUUUGUACAUAUAAUCCAAUACAUGAUUAUUAUGAUUUAUUAGUUCCUAAAUUAUGCGUUUGGGAAUUAAUUUCAUUUAAAGAUGUAGCUUUCGUAAAAGAACAUCAACGAGAUAAAGAUGUAAUUUUAUCGUUUUUCAGUAAGUAAACGUGUUAUAAGUAAUGUUUUAAUACAAUUUUUUUUAUAUAAGUUUUAACAUUCUUAUAUUACAUUUUUGCCAUAUUACAGAGUUUAAAUUUUCUAAAUAUAUUUUCGAAGAGAGAAACGAUAUUUUUCCAAAAAUUGCGUGGGAAAUUUUUGAAAUUACUAGGUAAAUAAAUACAUAAGUACUUUUAUAAUAAUUAUAUUUAUGUAUUUAUAAAUUCACUUAACAUUAUUUUUGUGCUUGUUUAUAUUUCAGAGAUAAUUUAUUCAGUAUAAAAUGCAUUUUUGCAUCAAUAGGAUUAUUCUAUUUAACGCAUCGCUAUUUUCUUUCCAAUAUAUGGUACACAAUGGAAGAUACAUAUAACUUUUUUUGCGAUACUUUACUUUUACAUACCAUUUUGGUUAGUCAUUUUUACUCAUAUGAGUGUGUAUUAGAAUAAAAUAUAUUAGUAUGUAUAUUAUUAAACGGUGUUAUUACGAAUUGGUUUUAUGAAAGAACCAAACGUAAAUUAUUUUAUCUUAAUAUAUUUCUAUAUUUAUCGUUUAUAUUUAGAAUCCACCGAAGUCCGAUGAGAUAUUUAAUUUAGACGAAUGCAAAUUAUUAUUUGAAGUCUUUCACACAGUGUAUAUGGAAAAUCUUGCAUUACUUCGACUUGCUUGCUUACCACGUCACAAUCUUAAAAUGAGUCUAAAUGAUGUAACCACUUAUUUAGCAGCAUGACUUAUUAUCUUUAUACUAUUUAUAAAUGCAUUGAUAAUUAAGAAAAAUAAAGUAAUUCUUUUUA